ACUGCUGGCCAGGAAUGUAGUCCAUGUUCAUUCAAUUGAUUCAAGUGCUUUAACCUCUUGACAAUUCAUUCGCUUUCUUCCGCCAUGUCUUGGUCCAUCGCAUCUUCCGCGGUUUUACCUUGACUUGUUUGAGUCGUUUCCACACAAGACGUAUACAAGGAUGGAAACGCAUAUCGAGAAUCACUUAUGUCUCUCGUUUUCAUGAGGUCCCUCCUACACACUUCAAGCAAAGAGCAAGGUAGUUCAGAACGUGGAUGUAUGAGUGAAGAAUAACUUCCAACCGAAGACUUUGUAGCAGCCAUCCAUAAAUUAAAUCGCGUUUCAAGCAAAUACCUUGAAAGGAAAGAAAGCUUGUGAAGAUAGAUUGCGCGUUAUGAUUUCUCGUCGACCCCACAUUCACAGCAGAGUUUGGUUUAUUUACCUUAUUCUGAAUAGUGCGCCCAAGAAAUGCUUCAGGGAUACAGCUUCACAACGCCGCAAUGCUCGCCCCCUUGCUUUCUGCGUCAGCAUAUGUUACAUGUGUUACGGAUGGAAUUUCGGCUCCAUGGACGGUAUCUUUGCUUUACUAUCAUUCCAACAACAUUUUGAAGUGGAUGAUAUGUCAAUGAGGGCCGGGUUCGAUGGUACCUUUGUUUCCGUAUAUAUAGCAGGAAGCUUCCUUUGGUCGUUGACGGCCAGCUGCUUCUCCAGUUGGUUUGCGAUAGCUCUUCCUUUCGGCAGCCAUCCAUUUAAUAGUUGAUUGGCUCAAUCUACCGCGGGCAUAGCAGUAGCACGACAAUGUGACUAAAGUUAAAAUUUUCGGAUUUUUCUUGGCUGGUGUUGAUUGUGUAUGAGCCGCUCUGGUGUGUCCUUACGUCUAGAAUGUGCACUAAUAUUCCGUGAACAAUACAUCGGCUUCAGUG